ACUUCUGAUAAUUGAAAAGGUUGUUUAUCGAAAGAAUAAAGAAACUUUCAUCGUAAAUAUCCACAAUGUUGCACUUCAUUUGGAUAUUAGCAUAUUUGUAUGGAUAUGCCAAAAGUGAAGUGAAUCCAUGCAUUGAUUACCAAACAGUCGAUGACACAUUGAUCGACAUGAAUCGAGAUGACAUAGGUGGCAGUAGGGCAUGCAAACCGUUCCCAGAAAGUUUUAUACCUUCUUGGUACAGAAUAAAUGGGACUUUAAUAGGCAAUGUUGUGGCAUUGGAGUGUCCAGACUCAUCUUCCUGUGGUGGAACUACAAAUAUAUGGAUAAACGAUCAACUACCUGGACAGAACGAUGGGAUCAAAGAUGUAAUUGCUUGUGGCAGUACCAGUGAAGGAUGCUGUGCAAUACGUAGUCACAUUAACGUAAAGAAUUGUAAACAUUUCUAUGUUUUUGAACUAAGACGGCUACCACGAUGUGAUGCUAAAUAUUGCUUCAAUAUGACUGUCAAUGGUUUAGAAACAGAGUUUCAAAGAAGCGAAACAUCCACUGAAUCCUCUUCUGUUUUAUUUACUACAAAAGAACAUGUGGCAUCAAAAAGUACAAAUGCAACAACAUCAAUAUCGAGUUCGUCAUUUCAAACUCACUCUUCUGGUUUAUUUACCACUAGAAAACAAGUGACGUCAAAAAGUACAACAACAAUAUCGAGUUCGUCUGCACCGUCUAAAUCAUUCAGUUCACCUGUUUCAACAGUACUGCCUCCUUCAACUCCAAUAAUACUACCAAAGUCUACUGCAAAGGAAGAUGGUCAUUUGAUCUCUACGAUUGACGAAAGCACGCAAGAAAUGUCUAAUGAAUUACAAUCUCGAACAAUCGCAGUCACUACUGUCUCGACAGGUCAAACAACUAGUAAAUCUACAAGUAGCGAUGCCGCGCUUAUAUUGACUGUAACGGUGUCCGUUGUAUCAGUUAUACUGGCCAUUUUCAUUUUUGUUGUGGUCAUUGCCUGUCUUCGGAGAAGACGAAACGUCCGUAACAAAAAGAGAAGGGAAACUAGUCUGCAAAUAAGAUUCUAUUCCACUUCUAAAGAUUACCAUUUAUAAGACUGAAUUUUUCAAUAAGUACCUGAUUGUCGGAAUAAGGACUUUAUCGAAAGAAGAACUAUGAACACAUUGAAAAAAUCAUUUUCUAGAAAAUGUUCGAAACAUAUGCAGACAUCAAUUAUAAUAUGACUGCGAUCUUUUUUCUUCAAAAAUUGGAUAAAAUUUUAUUAAUUCAAAUUGUAUUUCUGAUUUAAAACUGAAUACAUAUGUUUUAAUGCUGUAUCAAAUUUCAUGUGAAAUACAUUAUUUAUUAAGCGAAUAGAAAAAAAGCUAAAACAUUACUGUGCAAAAUUAAUUUGUGGAACAGUAUGCUUAUAUUAAAAGAUCGUUUAUUUGUUCAUGAAGUUA